CCCCACGAUCAAUAGGUCGUCACUGGCAUGGGCAAACGAUGAUUGCCGACGUUAUGACUGGCUGUCCCGGCUAGUUGGUCAUCCCAAUGGGUGAUUUGAUUGUGAUGCACGGUAGAUCUUGGCAACAUCAACGUUACAAACAGACAAAAUGAAUUUAACUUGUAACUUUCGUGACUUCGCAGAUAAAGUUAGGAAAAGUUUGACCACCGGCGGGCGCCAUCGAUCGGCCAGUAAUCACGAAUGCCACUGCGCCUGGGAAGAUGGUUUGCACACCGAUCCUAACCCGCUAGUACGAGACAGCUCCUGCUAUCGUAAUCACACUCAUACUUUUCCCGCUAACAAGCUCGAACGUCAAACAAUGAAUGCACCGGAUUACAUGUCAAGGUCCCUGAUUUACGUCGUGGAUGGGGCCUGUGGUACGCCAUCCAUCGCCCACCGUCGGGACCGUGGAACAUACACGGAGGCAAUCUCCCAGCAUGUCAACUUCGCUCGAAGAGCUGAAUGCAAAAGGUUCCAGCAGCCUAAGAGAGAAGCUUCCCAUAGCAGCCAGUGUGCUCAGCAGGCAUCUCCGUCAACUGCUUCUGCAAGGAAAUCGAACCAGGUUGAGCUGUAUAUGCACUCGGAGAUCACUUCACCAUACUCCGCUCGUUCUCCGACAGCAACUAAACCAUGGAAAUCUUCUUCCAUACAUGAAACUACCAGCGUAGCGGAACACACUGACUCUAACCUUGACACGAGAAUCGUACAAGGCGAAUCAGCAUCAGGCCAUGGCAAACACGGACAUGUACAAAGGCCUAUUCGUACGGAGUCAUCUCAUUGCGGCCACAUCAGCAGUUUACGGUUGGUACAUGCAACAGAUGGCAACAGCUCUAGCCAAAGCCAGCUCCCUCACUCGAUUCCAGAUGUGUCUGUAACCGAUGGUGACCUUCACAGCGGUAGUCUAGGAAGCGCAUAUCCUUGCUACUACAGCUCCAGUACCAAACACUACGUACCAUCGUCACCCAGCAACCAAUUCGGCAAAGCUGCACAAUUAACAGCCGAUGCACAGCGCCUGACCAUGAGUCACUCAAGUUUGACUGAGCCUCAGAACACGUCUCAAUCCUCUUCCAGCGGUCGUCUGCAUCGUAAUCAUCGGCAUAUUUUACUCAAAUCACAGCAUCCGCACCAGAGCCCAUGUGGAAGGAGUGAAUUAGAAUUUGAUAUUCGUCACAAAUCCGUUCGUUCAGUCGGUGUCACAAAACCAUCCACAGAACAACCGAAUUCCCGGACCAUCCCACCAAAGCCGGUAGCGCAUAGAUCAUCGAGUAAACCUGACAGGCAAGUACUGGCCAGUACGACAGCCACAGUAGCCGUAGUGUCGACGCAGAACGAACACCAGGAGGUGGCGCCCGUCUUGCCAACCAGGAGCACUUCCCUGUUCUCACGUGCUUGGGAUAAGAGUAAAAUUCUGGGUCAAUAUGUUUGCACUACCAAUGAAAGCAGAGGUACCAGAAAACCCUCUAAGCAGUUUGUGUUCACACAAAAGAAUCCAGUUCCUAAGGUGCACAUCAGCCAAGACCGCAGCGAGAUCGUCCGUCCAACUCAUGUUCGAAGCCUUAGCGAUAUGCCUCAACCAAGUCGGUGCUGUUACGUUAAUGUAUCACCCGCAAGCGCAUCUUCGGAUGAGGGUAAAGUGCUGACCCAGAGCACGAAUGCUAAGGUUGGCCGGCACUCUGAAAGCGAAGAGCCUAGUUCAGCCUCAAAUCCACUUCCUAUUAUUUCUUCAUCUUAUUCGACUAGCGCAGAAGCAGUCGCAGAGAAAACAACCUGCAUAUUAAGCCCCGCACCAACGGACUCCGGAAGUUCGCACUAUCGCACCAUCGAAAACUCUACCUCAGAUCGACCAGCAAACAGACUGGGGAACGUCCCCAGCAGUUCAUCCUGCAUACUACUGGAACAAUGCAUCCCAUCAACCCAUGCGUCGCGAUUACUGGGACGAAUGUCAAACAAGUUGAGGGACGGCCGGCUGGCGGAUGUCGUCCUUUUGGCUGGAGCCAGAGCAAACAGUAGAAUUAGCCGUUCUGAACCAUUGUUGCCAGUAUUCGAUGACAGUAGCUCUUUUGGGGACAAGAGCAACGACGGCACACCGCACUCGACGGAGCCCGUAUUGCGCAUUCCCGCUCAUCGUGUUAUUUUGGCAGCGGCUAGUGAUUAUUUCGCCGCCAUGUUUGGAAAUGAGCUGAAGGAGGCAUCGGAGAUGGAAAUAUGGAUUCACGAUGUGGAGCCAAACUCUUUGCAGACACUGAUCAAUUACAUUUACACAGGUCACCUGAAUCUAAGUGAGACCAAUGUGGAAGACGUACUGGAGGCUGCUUGUUUCCUACAGAUGCCAGAAGCUUCGCAAGCAUGUGAGCGCUUCCUGAUCAAGAGGCUGCAUGGGAGUAAUUGUCUCGCAAUGGCCCGACUAGGUGAACGUCACGGAUGCCAUUUACUGCAUCGAAAAGCAAUGAGAUACGCUUUGGAACACUUCACUGACGUCGUUCAACAGCCCGAGUUUUUGAAUCUCAACUCGUCCGAACUACUGGAGCUGCUUGCAUCGGAUCAUCUCAGUGCGCCAAACGAAGCCGCCGUAUUCGCUGCUUGCCUCCGCUGGGCGCGUCACCGAAGCUUGCACCAGUCUGAUCCAAGCGGGCCCUCGUUUUCCCAAACUCCCCUAAGCGGUGUACUCAAGUUCGUUCGGUUAAAUCAACUUCCUGCGCGUCUCCUAGUUGAUGCGCUGGAGAAAGAGCCAUUGUUUCAAAAUGACAUGACCGCAGUACGCAUGAUUGUCUCUGCUCUACGAACUCACUUGGCACCGGAGCCAAGAACUUCACUGAUGUCAAACUCGUUACAACUCAGCAGUGAGAUGAGCAGUAGUUCGGUUCUUUUUGGACUUCAAGAACCCAGUUGGAUUAUGGGCAGUCACUCCCGAGAGCAUUUAUCCGAGAGUUCAAGUACCAUGGCUUUGUCCACUCAAUGUGUGACGUUGUCGUGCGUCAAACAAGGACCUCGCCCUUCCACUAUUGGACACUUAUGGGCGCUGGGCGGAAAAACCAUGACUACAACGAGAGCAUUACAAGAGAUUUUGGAAUAUGAUCCCUACUGGAACAGCUGGAGGGUGGUUGGUCAGCUACCUGGACAACGGCAGCAGUGUGGCUGCAUUGUGCUGCGUGAUGGCCGUUUACUCGUCGUCGGUGGCAGGGACGAAUUGAAGACUCUAAGCACGGUCGAAUGUGUGCACACGGAAGAACUCUCCAUCCAAGCGGAAAACAAAGUGGCCAUUACCAAUCGAGAUGAUGCUUGCAACUGGCCAUCCAAUGAGUCUGGGACACUUCCUAGACAUACCAACGGCCCGUCUGGAGAUCACGAGAUGCAAUCUUUAACCGGAUCCUUCGUGGAGAAUACCGCACAACGGAGCGGUUCCACUGAACCACGUAAUCCACACGAAUUCGGUAUGAGUGAAGUUGGCGGUGGUGAUAGACCCUAUGGAUGGCACGUGGUCUCCGCGAUGGCCACACAUCGACAUGGUUUAGGUGUGGCAUUUCUAGAGGGCGUCGUUUACGCGGUGGGCGGUCAUGAUGGAUGGUCUUACUUGAACACUGUGGAACGGUGGAACGGGAGAGCCAAAUCUUGGUCACCUGUCACUCCAAUGGCAGUCCAGCGCAGCACGGUUGGCGUUGCGGCUUUGGAUGGAUUACUCUAUGCAGUCGGUGGUCGUGAUGGUAGUGCUUGUCUGCGGACCGUGGAACGCUUCAAUCCGCACACACAGCAUUGGUGCUUCAUUGCCCCUAUGCUGCAUCGUCGUGGCGGCGUAGGUGUUGGCGCCAUCGGUGGAAGGCUGUACGCAGUCGGUGGACACAACGCGCCUCCAAGUCAACCGCAUGCGUUGCGCACGGCCAGCGUGGAAAUGUACGAACCACAAACUGACAUGUGGACAGAAGUGGCCUGCUUGUCGUCGCCUCGAGAUUCCAUUGCGGUCACUGCUCUGGGUGCAAAGCUCUUCGCCCUAGGAGGUCAUGACGGGCAAACAUACACAGACCGUGUGGAGGUCUACGAUCCUGAAACCAACGGGUGGUCUGAUGUCGCACCCUUGCCAAGUGGUAGGGCUGGUGUGGCCGUUGCAUCCAGCCCUGCUCCGAGUAGCCUCUGCGGGCAGUUCAGUAUUCGUGUCCCAUUUUACAAAGCGGAUCCGCUGGCAUGAAACACCAUAUCUGCGUUAUGAAAGGAAAAUCGACGAAAUCUUUUGUACCAGCAAACUGAAAUUUUACCAUUCCAGUGGACAGUGUUGCCGCUGUUGAAACCUUUGUCUUGCUGCAAUCUUGUACUCAGGUUGACGUGCAUUUUGGUGGCGCUAUGGACUCUGCCUGGCUGAAAACUUCCUGGUGCUUUAUUCACAUUCGCCGCUUCAUCUGUCUGUCUGCUUUGUGAUUACUGUACCAUGAUGUUUCAUACUGCACAUGAAUUUUCUCAUUCGUUCCGAUGCCCAUUGCACCACAGAGCGAGACAGCUUAAUUGGGCAGUUGUACUCAGGCGGCAUAAUAGUACCGUUCAAUCGGCGUAUAAUAGAUAACGCUCUU